AUGGUACAUACUUCAAAUCCAAUUCAUUUGGAUCCCGUUUAUUCUGAUGAUAAUGAUGACGAUGAUAAUACUACUAUAAGAAAUACUAAUAAUAAUGACACUGGAAUUCCAUAUGAAAAAUAUUCUUUAAAUGAUUCUAAAAAUAAAAAUCCAUCAAGGGAAUCAAUACCUAAAGGAAAUCUUGAAGAUAUCAUUGUUCAUAGUUUUGAAUCAAUUUGUGCAUUAUUUGAUAAUAUUUAUUUCUUGAAAAAUAUUGGAAUAAUUAAUGAAAAUAAUUUUUUAUAUAAAAAAUUGAAUAAAAGUCAAAUUGGUUCAAAAAUUUGGUUAAUCACAUUAAUUUUAUCAUUAAGAAAAUCAUAUAAAAAAUUAAAGAAAACAAUUUUUGCUAGAAUACAAUAUAAGAAAGAAUUAAAAAAAUUUAAUAAUUAUCUUAAUGAUAAGACACAAUCUAAUUUAAAUUUGUUAAAAAAUUAUGAUAAAAUUAUAAUAAAUACAAUAUUAGAUUUUUUUCAAGAUUUAUUUUAUAUGAUAAUAAUAAUAUUCGAUAUAUUAAAGACUUCAAAAUAUCAAAAAUUAAAAUCAUGGUGUGAAUAUUCUUCAUAUAUAAUUAGUAUCUUAAGAAUAUUUAAUUCUAGUACAAGAAUUAUUAAAUAA